AAUGCAUGUUUUCAUAAAAACUCUUUCCUGGUAACAACUAACAAUGUCUAAAAAGUUAGGCUGUUCCAAAAGAAUUCAAGGAAUAGAUAUUAAAAUUCAUGAAUGCCUUUCUGACAUAUCGAACCUAUUUGGAAAGAUUGAAAAUCUCGAUGCUGAAGAUUUGCAGAUAAUAAAUACAGAUGACCUGGAUUCCGAGAAAUUGUGCAAUAUUCUACAGGAUUUGGAUUCACUACUCUUGAACUCACCCAAUACAGCAAAUUACCUUUUCCCACACUUUGGAGAAAUCAGAAAGCAAAACAAUAUUGCUUUAUUUGAUAAAGAUUUUUCAGAGAUUGAAUUUGGAGAAAAUGGAGACAAUUCAAAAAUUUAUAAAUUAUGGAAAAAUAUCUGUGUUACUGUAAAUUCUUACUCUAUUUCAUUCAUAUUUCAAAAUCUUUUUCCUCUUUCAUCUUUGCAUUCUCUUCAUAAUUUGUGCCAAUUAAAAAAGCAUGUCAAUUUAUUAAGCAAUAUAUUUAUUCCUGAAUUAGUUUGGAAGAAAUAUAAAUGUUUCCGCUCAAAAUAUUUAGAGCAAUUCAUUUGUGCAUGUAAAACUGAUCAAGCUUGUUUUAAAUGUACUCUGGAUUUGAGCAUUGAAUGCAUGCAUCAAGACAUGCUUUUAAUUUCAACUGGAUGUUUUUAUCCUUUUGUUAUAACACAAAAUGACAUUUUUGAAAUAUAUAUUAAAAUUAUUGAUCAAAAGUUUUAUAAUGUAAUGAAAUUUUUGUUGAACAUUACUACAGAAUUCGUUUUAGCAACAGAUAGCCCAGAUCAGUCUCCGUUUCAUGAUACAAUCAGUGCAAGCUCUAAUAAAACUGAUGAUUCUGUGAGCAGACUUUCCUCAUGGAACUGGAGAUACAUUAUGGCAGAAAGUGGAUGUAUAUCAGAGCUACAAAAGUCACUACAAAACAACGUUGAAUGUGUCAUUAGGAUCUUUUUAAAGAAAGAAAAAGAAAUCUUCAUAGCAAAGCAAUGGAAAGAUCUUCUUGACUUCGAAAAUAAAUAUGAUUUUUGCUCUGAUACAGUUCAGACAAACUCUUUAUUAACUAGUGUGAAAAAUUGCAUAGAAAUAUUGGAAAGUUAUGUUCCAGUCUUAAUUGCCUUUGUUCCUUUCAAAUCCUCAUUUUGCCAUGCACUGGAAACUUAUGUUGUGGAUUUAAUCAGACAUUUGAGAUUCAUCGCUCUAGAGCACCCAGAUGGAUUUUCAAUGUAUUUCUUAUACUUAGCACUUAGUAAUGCCAUAUUUUUAAAAGAUCAACUUCAAUACUACUGUAAAAUAUUGAAGAAGAAUGAUGUGCCUGGACAUAAUUAUCAUGAAACAAAUGUAUGCCAUGAAUCAAAAAAAUUAGUAGAUGACCUAGAAGAGAUGCUCUAUCUUCACCAUAAUAGAUAUCUUUCGAAUGGUAUUUUAUUUGAUGCUGACAGCUAUAACUUUGAAGAUCAGAAACCAUUUUUUGAGGGAGAAAGAAUAUCAUAUAGUAUUCAAAUGUGGUACAUGUAUAUGCUUGGAGUAAUACAUGAUUUGAAAUUUUUUAUGCCUUUGAAUGUUGCUCAAGAAAUUUAUGCUGACUUGCUGUCAAAUUCUUUGGAUACAUUUCUGAUACGCUAUGGCCGAGCUUGCCCGAGUGAAAUGAGGACUCCCCAAGUCAUGACUGAUUUGUAUGCAAUUCUUCUGUGUGCUUCUGAACUUUUGUACACAGCAUGUACUUCUGAUUCGCAGAUUUUGGGAACGAAUAAAGACAAAGAUGAAAACAACAUUGCUCUGGCUGUGUAUAAAAUGCACAGCACAUGUUCCUGCCUGCUGUCAGUGCUUGGUGUUUUAACAUCUCCAAUUUCUGAAUUAUACAAUGUUUUCAAAGAUGGAUUCCCUCAACCUUGUUUAUCUUUGCGGACAAAAUGUGAAUCUGUGGCAUCUUGGAUAUCAUGGAUUAGAAGAGAUCUUUAUACUGAAUAUGGUCAAAGUAAAAUUCUGUCUAGUGUAUCAGUUUGGCUUUCUGUGGAAAUAUGUACCUCAUGGAGUGUUGCCAGUGCACCUGCCAUAGUUAAAGCUUAUCUGGAUCAUCAUUGCACUCUCUCAAUUCUCCUCAUGAUGCAAAAUGCUGAGUAUACAGAAGAUUUUAAAGAAACGAAUGAUCUGUCAUCUUGUUACUUAGAUAACUGUAAAGUGAAAUUUGCUUACCACAUAUUCAAGUUAAUAUUUUGCCAUGAUAAUGAUGCAUAUCUUUAUGACAUUCUUUUUCCUGUGAUUGAAAAAACCAGUACCUGGGAAGAAUUGCACUCAUCUUAUUUAAAUAAAACAUUAUCAGAACCUCUCAUAAACUGUGUUGUUAUGUUUAAAAAAAAAGAAAAGAAUAUAUUUAAUGGUAAUUGCUUUAGUCUUUUAGAGGAACAAAUUCCCUUUUGGGCUGAAAUUAAAUCCUUGAGCUUUGACUCGCAUGCUUUAGAAGGAUGGGCAAGAAUUAAAGAUAACCUGAAGGAGUUCAUCAUAUGUGUCUGUGAUUCAAACCUUCUUAAUUCUUUUCAAGAUGACUUUAAAAUAUCCCACGAAAUCAUUUCUUUUCUAUGUGUAAAAAAGAUUUUAGACUGCAUCAAGAAAAUGAUAUUAUUCUUGCCAAAAUCUUUGAAAAGGUGCUUAGCAUGUCUGGAUCAACACAUAAUGCAUUAUAUGCCUGAAAUACAGCCUAUUCAAAAUUCAGUUCCUCUUCAGAUACUAAUUUCAAAUGUUAUUACUUGCUUGAUGGAGAACUCCUUUAUCGAUAUUGCUUCAAAAACCAUUCAAGAUAUGCCUUUCAUCACUGCAAAUGCUCUGAAAUUGUUGAAGGACGAUUUUUUCUUCAUGAGUGAUCACAAAACAAAGCGAAUAAAAUCUCUGCUGAAACUCAUUCACGAAGAAUUUGACGAUUUAAGCAAAGAUCUGGAAGAAAAUAAAAGGUCUGCCUAUUUUGAAGAAAUACAAGAUGAAGUACUGGCUUUAAGUGCUCAUGAGCUCACUAAAAAUUCUUCUGGUACAAACAGUAUUACAUAUUUGCAUCAGAUAUUGUGCCAAAACAAAUCUUGGAUCCAAAGCAGCCUUGGGAUUCCUGGCAUGUUGUCACCAAAUAUGGUUGUUAGUUCCAUUAGUCCUUCUCCACUGCUUAAAAAACUUAGCGAAAAUUUCAAUUUGACUGCCAAUGAAAAAAAACUAGUGGCAAGUGCACAAAAGGAAACAUCACUAGAUGUGAAUGAACACCAUUUAGAAAAAAACAGUCAAGGUGAAUCUUUUGAAUCAGAACAGAGUUUAAUGAAUAAGCUGGAAGACAAAGCUUGGAGUACUUUUGCUUUCAACAAUCCUGCAUAUUCUGAAAAAGAAAAUUUUAACCUAAAGAUUAAACUGGCUCCUUCAACAGACUUUAAUUUUGAUCCUUUGAAGAAAUUUGAUACUAUUGGCGAAAGUACAUUUAAUAAACUUGUUUUGGAACAAAACAUUCUUCCCUGGGAAGCUUUAUUGAGUCAUCUACCUGUGUUGGGGUUAACUGAAGUGAAUUUUUCUUCAUUAUUGUCUCAUAGGUGGGACAUUCAAAGUGAUAAACAUUUAUCUACAGAUGAAGCUAAAUAUGCAGAACAACUGAAAGCUGUACAUAAAUGUAUAUAAUAAUGUAAAAAACAGAUGCAUCAUUAAUUAUACUGUAAUUUAUGAAAGCAUUACAUUUACUCAAUAUACUACCAGCAUUUAGGUUCUAAUAUAUAAUCAUUUGAAUAAAAAUUUUAUUUAUAAUUGUAAAAAUAGUACUGAUCUUUAAUUACGAAAUUUAGUAUGCUCAAUCUUUCUGCAUUGAUGUCAUUUUUAUGUAUAUACUAGCUGUACCC